UGUCACUGAAUCUCAAUGACUAUCUUUGACAUGAAUUAGAACAAUAACAACGAUACCUUCCUUGUAAUCCAAAUAUACAAAAUGCUAUUUCAAUUAUUAGUACGCAACCCAGUAAUAAACAACUAGAGAAGUCAGCUGACAAGGGGGUGUAGGAAAGUAUAAGGUGUAAGCUGCGUAGUGUUAUCGUACGUGCGCCCAAUGAGUCACAUGACAGUAUGUGUGCUCAUGAAGAGGGCUCAGACCACAGUCCAGUAAGUCCAGGAAGAAAUAGCAUCGUAAAUCCCCUGAAGGCAUCAUGGCAGCCACGUCGUCCCCUGCCUCAGCAUCAGCAGGAGCUUUCAUGCGAGUGUUGGCUCUACACUUGUGUUUCUUCUUAAUUGGAACAGCUGCCGAAACACCUGUCCUCGAAAUUAUUCAGGUGCACGUCAAUGAUGGGAAUUUUACAUCUGUCUGCAAGUUCACUUCGCAAGAUGUUCUCCUCUUGGACCACGAGAGCACCAAUAUAACUCUCAUGGUUACAGGGGAGGCAGAGGAAAACACGACGUUAAUGUUCGUGCAGGAGAAACAUGUGAUAAAGCCGUUGCCCAAUAUUACCCUCCCAGUUGGAGCCUUGAACGACACAUUUAUUCUCAGCUUAAUGGCAGAAAAUGCAGGUCACAGUGUUAUAGUCACAAAAGCUUUGCCAGGCAACAUGACUGAUGUGUCUAAGGCCUUCAUGCGAUUAUCAGUAUCUCACUCAGAUGCCCUCGAUUAUGCAAGUGAUGUGGUUGGCUGGAUGUACUUUGUGGCGUGGUCGGUGUCUUUUUAUCCACAAACAUAUUCUAACUGGAGGAGAAAAAGUGUUAUUGGCUUGCAUUUUGACUUCCUGUCCUUAAAUAUUGUGGGGUUCUUCGUAUACAGUCUCUUCAAUGUUUGUCUGUACUGGAUACCCUCCAUAGAAGCAGAUUAUUUCAAGCGACAUCCAUAUGGUGUGAACCCUGUACAGCUAAAUGAUGUCAUUUUCUCUCUCCAUGCGUUCCUUGCAUGUGGGAUUCAAGUCUUCCAGUGUUUCAUAUAUGAUCGUGGAGACCAGCAAAUUUCCUUGACAGCCAGAUACAUCAUGACAGGAAUCACACUCUCUUCAUUAGUCAUGACUAUUCUGGGAGCUGCAUCAGCUAUCCAGUGGCUUGACUUUCUCUAUUUUAUGUCAUAUGUCAAGCUCUUUAUCACCCUUAUCAAGUAUAUUCCACAGGCCUACUACAACUACCGAAGGAAAAGUACUUCAGGCUGGAGCAUCGGCAAUAUCUUGCUAGACUUCACAGGUGGUUCACUCUCCAUAGCCCAAAUGUUCAUCCUGUCUUACAAUUAUAAUGACUGGGGAUCUAUAUUUGGGGAUCCAACCAAAUUUGGACUUGGGCUUUUUUCAAUCAUCUUUGAUAUAUUCUUCAUGGUUCAGCAUUACAUUUUAUAUCGAGGGAAUGAGGACUACCUGCGGGUGCUAGAGCCUGAUUCCCAGGGUCAGAGGAAUUCACUCACAGCAUCUGUAUCUUCAGCUGAUUAUGGUUCUACUGGAAAUCACUAGCAAGCUUUAAGGUAAAAUGGUGCUGUAAAUUGUUCAAAAAAUAGAUUGUAUUUUUCUUAUUUGAACACAAUAUAGAAAGAAACAAAAUUUGGUGUAAUUAUGCUAAUUAUUGUUAACAUUGUUUUAGUUUCAAAGAAAACUAUUUGUGUCAAGAUUUUUAUAACCAUACUUGAUGUUAUUAUAACAUUUGAUAUAGACAUACUUAAGUUUUAUUUUAUUUUAUUCAUGUAUUAAUUUCUUUAAUUAUGAUUAGUAACAAGAAUUACUAGUCUCUCUAGAUGAACAGAAUGAUAUUUUGAUGAUUGCAGGGAAAUAAACACAUAGAUUGUAAUAAUCCAUAUGUUCUUGUUGAUGUUUAGAGUUGGUUUGUUCUAUCUAUAAUUGAAUGCUUUAUUAGGCUUAACUGGAGUAAAAUAACUCAUUGUGAGAUUCCAAUGCUUAAAUGCAGUGCAUACUAGCAGUAAUUUAAAAUAGUAGAUGGAAAUUAUUCAAAUAGAAUAAAAUAUUUUGUAUUACAAUUAGCAUUACUUUAUUUGCUACAAAAAUAUCAUAAGAUAAUGCAAGUUAUCAUACUGUGGCUAGUCUGUAUGAGGAUAGCGUAUUGUGGUUCAGAAUCCAUUCACAGCCAGUGGUUUGAUGUUUUAUGUAACUUAAAUGUCUCGUUUAUUUUGCUUUUAGAUUUAGAAGUAGAUUGAUUAUAGCAAAUGUAAUAAAAAUGAAUUAUAUUAGUGAAUAUAAUGAAGAUUUAUUAUAUUAGUAAAUAUAAUGGAGAUACUUUUUAAGGAUUAAUCUAAUGUCAACAGAAUUUACAUAGGCCUGAACAAGUAUUUAGGUUUCAAAGGUGAUGUUCUGAUACCUUUGAUAUAUAUAGUGAACACCUAUUAUUUGUAUCUUUUUUUCUUGCUCCUUGUUUUCAUUACUUAUUUAUUAUGCGUACAUCAUACAUUUUCACUCUUCCUUUUAUUUCCUCCCCCUGUUUAUUUCUUGUGGUUUCCAUACUCCGUAUCACUUGUGUUUUAUGGAAUGUAUCUUUGAAUUUAAUAAUCCAGAAAAAUAACCCUUGCAUUCAAAUAGCUUAAUUAAGCAAACAAUAUAUGAAAAUUAGGAUAAUUUGGUCACAUCUUUUAACCCCCAAAAAAAGAAAAAUCUCAUAUACAUUGAUUUUGUCCUGUUUUUCUGGGCACAGGGCAAUGCAUUUUUUUUUUUUUUUUUUGGUAGGAGAGAGUAUUAUAGUUGUUAGAUAAGCUGAACAAAGAAAAAUUUACCAUUUGACUAUUAGUGUUUCCUUGAAAAGAUAUAAAGAAAAUUUAUUUACCUUUUAUGUCAACUAAUUUGAAUGGUUGUGAUGUGUACUUACAUGAUUGAUUGAUUGAUUCACCCCCGCCCAUAUGUAAACGUGUGCAUUUGCAUAUGUACACAAAUACUUAUACUUGCUAAUAUAUAUGCUUAUGUACACUUACACAAGCAAACACAUAUAGAGACAAUAGAUAGAGAGACAGACAUAUAGGUAGUUAGAUAGAAACAGAAAGAUGUAGUUAAAUAGAUUUUUUUUAUAUUUGUAUAUACAUGUAUCUAUCUGUCUAUCUGUUUAUAUAUUUAACUCCACGGUGACAGAUGACAUAAGAGCCAGUGACUCGUAAACACGUCAUGACUUGCAGCCGAUGGGCCGCCUGUCCACAGCUUAGACCUAGCCGCAAAAUCUAGACUGCUAGAAAUAUUACAUUACAAAUAUAUCAUGCCCUGUCAUUAUUGGGAUUUUCUUUUCUUUACACAUACACCACACCACACCACAUGCCUACGCAUACACAUACACAUACAUGUAUAUAUCUUUUAUUUUCAAUAUAAAAGAAUUAUGGCUGUUUUUAUAAUGUAAUUGAAACAAAUAACAGUGAAUACUUGUAACCUCUAGUGAACUAAACUAUUUGUUUAUCUGUAUCAGGCAGACAUGUCUGUACGUUGUAACAGUAUUAUAUAAGGUUAAGUACAUUAUGAUUAAGGAUGAGCAUCAGUGUUUUGUUGUAAGGAAAGUUCUAUAACUUUCUAUGGUUCUGUUGUAAAGAAGAAUGUUUAUUGUAGUUGAUUUUCAGGAUACCAUUUUAUGAAUUAUAUAAAACUAUAUUUAUUUCUUUAAGAGGUUUUAUUUUGUGUGGAAAAAAAUGUAUACUAUUUCUGCCGUGAAGAAUGAACAGUAUCAGGAAAAUUCACAUGUGAGUGCAUGUCAGACACUUAUGUAUUUGUGAUUCAACAAGUAAAUCCAGGAAAAAAAUAUCAUGCUAACUUUGCUCUACCUGUAAACAUUAAUAUGGCUCUACACCAUUCUUUUGGUGAUUUGUGAAUAAGUUAUUGAAGAAGUAUAUUUAAUAGACUCUUGAAUAUGGCUUUGCAUAAGGAAAUUGAUGCAGUUUGGAUUUUUUGUUACUUCUGAUUUUACCUGUGAUGAUCUCAAUUAGGCUUAUGAUUUAUAUAUAAAUGUACAUUUUUUCCCUUGUUCCUCUACAUGUUGACUACUGGUUAUACAAGUGAAUUCACUUCUUCAUAUUUUAUUGUGGAACUUUCCUCAGUGUAUGAGUUCAACUUAGAUUGACAAGUACAUAACAGACCCAUUUCACAUUACAAUCACCUAAAGAUACUUUUCAUCAGAGAAUUAUUUAGAAGCUAUAUAUACACAACUAAUAAAAGGUUAUUGCCUCUUCUUUAGACAGACACACUCAUUAUAAUUCACCAUUUUUAUGCAUCUCUCACUUUUUUUUGGGGGGGGGGCAGUAUUAGUUGUGUGUAUUUGAGCAAAUUAAAUCUGACAACUUGUGUGUAUUGUUUCUUCUAAAAAGUGGAAUUGUUCUAGGGUAGCUAAAAUUUGAAGAAGUAAAUCUUUGAUUUAAUAAGAUCUGUGCAGCCUCAUUAUUCACCAAAAGAGAGGAGACAGAACUUGAAUUUCCUUUAUUUUUUCUUAUUUUUUAGAUUAUAUUUAUGUUUUGAAGUGUGAUAUUUUCAAUAUUCCUAGAUAUAUUGUCUUACAAUUAUCCAUUCAUUUAGCCUAUUUUGUUAUUAGAUAUAAUUUUAAGUUAUAUGAACCAGAUUACUAUUCCAUACAAAGUAGAAUUUUUAUAGUUGUGUUUGAUAAUUUUGCCAUCUUAAAUUACAAGAUUAUAAGAACUAUGACAUGUAGUACCUGUAGAAGCACGUGUAUGCUCCCUCAAAGAUGGCCACCUAGUUUCAGCAGUGUUGCUAAGAUAAUCAAAUAAAAAUGUGUAAAAAA